UUAUAACAAUGCACUUAUAUGCCCAUAAUCCGUUUCAUAAUGAUACCCAUUACGAUACAGAUUUUUCAUUACGAUACAGAUUUUUAAUCAAUAGAAACCCAUAAUUUUUCAAUCAAGCAUGCUGUGCAUUUGACGUUUAUCCUAGGUUCCUAUGUAAUUAUUUUAGAUGUCAAAAUCAGUACGUAUUAAAUUUUCGUAGAUACCUAGCUAAACUUCGAUAAUUUAUCAAAAUGUCUGAUAUCAGCGAUAUAGAAGAAUUACCAUCGACUCCUCCACACAUAUCGGAGAAAGCAGAAAAUGCAGUUCAAAAUAUUUUACCCCAAAAAUCUAAGAAAGUGUACGAAAAACUUUAUCAACGGUUUAUGGACUGGAGAAAUACAAAUAAUAUUUCGACAUUCUCCGAAAAUGUUUUAAUUGCUUAUUUUCAAGAAUUGAUGGAAACUAUGAAAUCAUCUAGUACAUGGACACAUUAUUCAAUAAUAAAAACGUUGGUAAAUAUAAACCAUAAUAUAAACAUUUCUAAAUAUAAGAAACUACAAGCUUUAUUAAAGCGAAAGUCCGAAGGAUAUGUUGGAAAAAAAGCAAAAAUAUUUUCACCUGAACAAAUAAAAACGUUUAUCGACGAAGCACCCGAUGAACGGUUUUUAUUUUUAAAAGUAGCAAUGAUUUUUGGAAUAAUGGGAGCAUGUCGAAGGCAUGAACUACAUGACCUAAAAUGUGAAAAUGUCAAAGAUAUGAAUGGAAUCUUAAUUGUUAAUGUGAUAGAAACUAAAACAAAAGUACAACGAACAUUUACAAUUACCGGCAAAUACUACGAAAUUAGUAAAAAAUAUAUGAAUCUACGGCCUAAAAUUUGCCCCACCCCAUCUUUUUUCGUUAAUUAUUUAAAUGGAAAAUGCACAAUUCAAAACAUUGGUAUUAAUAAAUUUGGUGAUAUAGGGAAGAAAAUAGCAACAUAUUUAAAUCUGCCUGAUCCGAAUUUAUAUACAGGGCAUUGUUUUCGUAGGACAUCUGCAACCGUAUUAGUAGAUGCCGGUGGUGAUAUUACUACAUUAAAACGCCAUGGUGGCUGGAAAUCCAAUUCAGUGGCAGAAGGCUACAUUGAAAAUUCGGUUCAGAAUAAAAUCAGCAUUUCCAAUACAAUAUUGAACUCUAUUGAGACUAGCAAUAAUGAAAUAAAUGUAAAUAUUCCUUCCACUUCCAGAUCAGUGGGACCUGGAAUAAACUUUUCAAACUGCACAAUAAAUAAUCUUAAUAUUUUUAAGAAAUCGGAUUAAUUACAAUUAUUAUAUGUUGAAUAUAAAUACAAAUAAAAUGUUUAUAGUUUUCUUGUAUCUAUGGCAAUACCAAUACCCGAGGUAUUAAUUACAAUUUUGUAGAUUUUUUUUUAUAGAAAUACGAAUAAUUACUGUUACCUAUUGUGUUCAAUAAAAAUAUAAAAUUUAUGGUUUUUGAUUAUUUAUCGGGUGUAGAAAAAAUAGCGUAUGCAACUCUCAUGUAAUGGUUAUUAAUACACUCGCAUAAACCAUACGAAACUCGCCUUCGGCUCGUUUCGUAUCCCGGUUAAUGCUCGUGUAUUAAUAACCAUCAUUACAUGAUCGUUGCAUAAUAUACUAUUAUCGACUUAUUAGUACAAGGCUGAAAUUUUUUUCUCAAAUAGCUUACGAGAUAAAAGAACAAAAAAAUUAACUCUGCCAAUCGUUUAAUGUUGCUAAAGCUUCGGCAGAGUCAUGAAAAUGCAUAAACUGCCAACAGCAACCGCUGCGCCAAAAUGAUAAGAUCGUUCUAAAUUAUUGCAUUUACCUGCAUUAAAUGUAGAAGUUCCUAGCUAUUUUUUACAAUCAAUUUAUUUGUUUAAAAAAAUUAAGUAAACUUUGUUUUCUUUUUAAAAGCUGGUCAAGUUUAUUUCUGUAUGUUUC